AUGAGUAAUAAACCUAUUGAAACAUUAGAAUAUAUCUCUGAUCAAUUCAAUCGAUAUUUAGCACCUAGUAUAUUUCUUUUUGGUAUAAUGGGAAAUAUUAUGAAUUGUUUAGUUUUAUCACAACGAACACUUCGAUCAAAUCCAUGUGCAUUACUUUUUCUUGCUUCAUCAUUUAUUGGUCUUAUUUCAAUUCUACUUGGUUUACCUACUCGAAUAUUGGCUGGUUGGCACGCUGAUCCAACUACAACGAUUAAUUGGAUAUGUAAAACUCGUGUUUUUAUUGUAUUUAGUACAAGAACAAUGUCCAUAUGGUUAAUUACAUUAGCUACAAUUGAUCGAUGGUUAAUAUCAUCUAUUAAUAUUCAUCGUCGACAAAUGAGUAAUUUAAAAAAUGUUAAACGAGAAAUAUUUAUCACUAUAAUUCUAUCGAUUCUCUCUUAUAUUCAUAUGUUUCCCUGUUAUGGAGCUAAUAAUAUUGAUGCACCAUUGAAAUGUUAUGAAAAUACAGCCGGAUGUCUUCUUAUGACGGAUCUAACUUAUGUAUUAUUCUCUAUAAUAAUUCCAUUGAUAUUAAUGAUUAUAUUUGGUCUAUUAACCAUUUCACAUGUACAUCGUAUUCAUACUCGCGUAGCAUAUGUAGACAAUACUGUAAGAACUAUUGAUCAUAGUAGACAUGUAAAUCAAAAUUCAAAGAAAACUGACAAUCAUUUACUUCGUAUGCUUUUAUUACAAAUAUUUUCAUUAAUAGUAUUAUGUAUUCCACAAGCUGUCCAAAAACUUUACAUGACAUUUAAACCAUUUGGUUCUGGUUCUAAAUUAGAAGAUGCUAUCAAAAUAUUUCUUUAUAACAUUGAUAUACUUCUAGCUUUCAUGGCAAGUGCAAUGCCAUUUUAUAUUUAUGUAUUAGCGGGUGGGAGUGUCAUUCGAAAAGCCUCUAUAAAUUUAAUACGACUAAUACAACGAAAGAUAGCAUGUUGA